CACCUCCAUGAUGAGCACCCCGAUGAUGAGGAGCACCCCCAUGGCGAGGGGCGCCCCCAUGAUGAGCACCCCGGUGACGAGGGGCCACCCAACCAGGGGCCACCCAACCAGGGGCACCCUGGCAACAAGGGGCCACCACCCAAUGAGAGGGCGCCCAAUGAGGGGCACCCCCAUGACGAGGGGCACCCCCAUGAUGAGGAGCACCCCCAUGGCGAGCACCCCGGCGAGGGGCCACCCAACGAGAGGCCACCCAAUGAGCAGCCACCCAACCAGGGGCACCCUGGCAACAAGAGGCCGCCACCCAAUGAGAGGCCGCCCAACAAGGGGCACCCCAAUGAUGAGGAGCACCCCGAUGACGAGCACCCCGGCGAGGGGCCACCCAAGAAGGGACCACCCAACAAGAGGCCACCCAACCAGGGGCACCCUGGCAACAAGGGGCCACCACCCAAUGAGAGGCCGCCCAAUGAGGGGCACCCCGAUGACGAGGAGCACCCCGAUGGCGAGGAGCACCCCCAUGACAAGGGGCACCCUGAUGACAAGCACCCCGGCGAGGGGCCACCCAACGAGGGGCCACCCAAGGAGCAGCCACCCAGCCAGGGGCACUCUGGCAACAAGGGGCCACCACCCAAGAGGCCACCCAACGAGGGGCCACCCAACCAGGAUCACCCUGGCAACAAGGGGCCACCACCCAAUGAGAGGCCGCCCAACGAGGGGCCACCCAAUGAGGGGCCACCCAACAAGAGGCCAUGCAACAAGAGGCCACCCAACCAGGGGCACCCCAAUGAAGACCACCCCAACGAGGGGCCACCCAACGAGGGGCCACCCAAUGAGGGGCCACCCAAGAAGAGGCCACGCAACGAGGGGCCACCCAAUGAAGAGCACCCCAAUGACGAGAAGCACCCCAAUGAUGAGCACCCUGGCAAAGGGCCACCCAACAGGAGGCCACCCAACAAGAGGCCACCCAAGAAGAGGCCACCCAAUGAGGGGCCACCCAACAAGGGACCACCCAACAAGAGGCCACCCAACAAGAG